UCCUGAAUACACAAACAUCUAUUUCUAUCCACAAUCCACAUCUGCAUCGUCCAUAACCUCCGUCCGACCACUCUCCCCCAGUCGCUCCCAGAUUUCGGGCCCACAACAAGGAUACAAACAGUUUCGAGUCCCCACGGUCACUUUGCACCCCAAAAUCAGCAACACUUUCAAUCGCAUCCCAUUUCAUCAACAUUACAUCUUGCAUCAGCACAACAUUAUGACUCAGCUCAAGCGCGUCCUCGUCACCGGUGGCCUGGGUUAUAUUGGCUCCCACGUCGUCGUCUCUCUCCUCCUGACAGGCAAAUACCAGCCCAUUGUUAUUGACAACUGCCACAACUCGUAUCCAGAAGCUCUCAAUCGAUGCGCGGAGAUUGCGCGUGACGAGCUGGGUGCUGAUGCCCCUCAACCGAUAUUACACGAUCUCGAUCUGAGAGAUGCUCCCGCGAUCGAACAAGUGUUUGAGCAGUACGCAGCGGAUGGUGGCAUCUGGGCUGUCAUCCACUUGGCUGCCCUCAAGGCGGUGGGCGAAUCUGCAGACUUUCCUCUGAGUUACUAUAGGGUGAAUGUUGCCGGGUCAAUUUCGUUGUUCGAGACAAUGGCCAAAUACUCUUGCAACAAUCUCGUCUUCUCUUCGUCCGCUACAGUCUACGGCACUCCUGCCACUAUCCCUAUCCCGGAAACUUCCCCACUGAUUCCCGAAUCAUGCUACGGUCGCACAAAAGCAAUGGUUGAGGAAAUCAUCCACGACUUGACCAAAGUCGGUGCCGAAGAGGGCAAGCCUAGUUUGAGGGCAGUCAGUGUCCGAUAUUUCAACCCUGCAGGAGCACACCCUUCUGGAAAACUUGGUGAAGAACCUCGAGGUAAACCAGGAAACCUUCUCCCACUCCUUGCGCAGAUGGCAGUUGGCCGAGAAAAAUCUCAACUCAAGGUCUUUGGCACGGAUUUCCCCACACCCGAUGGUACAUGCGUCAGAGACUAUCUCCACAUCAUGGAUCUCGCCCAUGGCCACGUUCUUGCGCUUGACGCUCUUACCGUUCCUUCAUCCCAACACAAUAUCUUUUCUGAAAUUGAUCCCAAGGAUGGUUACUUUCGUGCAUUCAAUCUCGGCAGAGGACAGGGUAUGAGCGUCUUGAACAUGAUUGAAGCGAUGAGGAAGGCAACAGGGUUUGAUUAUCAAUACGAGAUUGUGGGAAGGAGGAAAGGAGACGUCCCAGAUCUUACCGCCGACCCUUCUCUCGCCCGAAAAGAACUCGGUUUUGUCGCAAAAGAAGAUCUUGAAUCGAUGUGCAGAGAUCUCUGGAACUUCCAAACAAGACAUCCCAACGGCUACUCCUCUUAGGCGUAGUGGGGUGCAUUCAUAUAUGAAAUUCGGGGCAUCCGGUCUUUUGGGUGAGGUGGGGAUGCAGUAAUUUUGGCGUUUCAGAAUGAGGCGUUGGGGAUUCUAGGGCAAGUUGGGAAGCUGACAUGCGGUGUGGGGAAGCAAAGUGGAGGGAUAGCGAAAUGUGAAAGAUCUCAUUGGACGUCAAGUGGAAGAGGCGUAAAAACGCGCAGGGAAAAUGUUUAAUUUCAGGGGCCCAUCUCCAGUAAUAACCCUCAUUCCAGAUUCCAGAUUUCAGGCUUUUUCUUUCAUCCAACAUUCUAAUCGAACCUAUGCAUCGGCCGUCAAUGUGGAGGUUGAUGAAGAAGAAAAAGUAGGUAUAAUAGGGACCAGGUUGGAUAUGGGAGUACAUAGAAGUGGUUGUUUCCUCGUGUUCUUCUUUCUGGUACUUGAGGAGUGCAACGUUCAUUUAUCGCCGGGUGUUUUUAUUCAAAUGGUUUUUUGUUCUGUCUUUGCUUUGGCACUCUCUCAUCUCUGCAUCCUGCAUCUUACAUAUUCCAUGUCAACCAAUUGGGAGCUACGGCGCGGCGGUUGUUGUUCAAUAUCUAAAAACGCGAAAAUGCAACAAAAGAUAUAUGAAAAGUCAAACGUGAAGA